GCUGAGAACCUAGAUUCUCAUCUGAGAACAUAGGUUCUUGGAUUUAUUGUGCAAUUCGCGUACCAUAUAGGUUCCCGGCCGAGAACCUAAAUUCUUGGAUUAGGUUUAUCUAUUUGUGCAAUUCGCGUGCCAUAUAUGCUGGAAGAACACUCCAAGACUGUCUUUCAGCCUCAGCAUAUUUAUAGGCCAGGUCAUCGUUUAGAACAUGCCUGUAUAAGCAAAUCAUUCUACUCAGCCGAGUCUGGCUACGUCCCUGCAUCAACAGCUUUUAACUAGAUUUACUGUGUAAAUGUAUUUGAUUUCCUUUUAUACGACUGUUAUCUCCCAUUGUAUCGGUUUGCCGAGCGAGUGUGUAUUUCGGGAGCAUAAUAAUUAUGUUGGCAUAUGACGGGAAAACCCUGUGUAUUGGAAUAUCCGCUGAUACCAUACACGGUCCACCUGGCUAAAUGCGAUAGUGGAAGCAAUGGUCAAGUGCAGAUUGCAGCGUAAAUGUGAUGACAAGAUAUGAUAGAUAUGGAUAGAUGGAUUAUGCACACACAGUUAACCGUUCGCGUCAAGGGGAGAUGAACAUCAUGUCUGGGGUUAGACUGGCUCAGCUGUCACUUGGAAAAUGCUGCAACGUAGUGUUUAGAAUCUGGAGACGAGACAAAAGGGUGUUUGUAGUUUUAGCAGUCUUGGUAACAUACCUUUUAUAUUACCUGUACGGUACUUUGACCAUGCCGGUGAGAUUUCUAUUUGUUAACGAAAAUAUAAAUAGACAGUGUAUUAUACCAGAUCUUGAUCCGUUUGACAAAUCAAUUAUGCAGUAUGUGUGGAGUCCAGACCCUAUUCACUGCGACCCAGCUCCGGAUUUAGUUUAUGUGGAUGAAAGUGGAUUUGUGACUUAUAAUCAGUCGGCGUAUAAAUUUUAUGGACACUCUAGUUAUAAAUGUAGUUACACACCUCUGCUUAGACCAAAGAAUGAUGAUUAUAGUGUACAGUUCGGUGAAGAAAAGGUUAGUGACAUUCCUUUCCAAGUUCCCCAUGAUUUCUACCGGCUACGAUGCUACACCUCUUCCGGUAAUAAACUAGUUUACGAUACAUUACAAGAAAGUGUUUAUGUUUCGAACGAGGUCAAGGACACAAAAGCAGACGAGAACGGGAAAAAUUCAAAAUACAGUGUUUUCAUGUUUGGUAUAGACUCGACUUCGAGAUUAUCUGCAAUUCGCAAAUUACCAAAGACGUACAAAUACUUAAUAGAAAUUUUAGGUGCAUACGUUUUCAAAGGCUACAUGAAAGUAGGCGAUAACACAUUCCCCAAUAUAGUGCCAGUUUUAACAGGAAAACGGCCAGGGACUGUUGAUCUUCCUAAUCCGGGCGGCGGUCCAUUUGACCUACAGCCAUUUCCAUUUAUUUGGUAUAACUUUUCCCGCGAACACUAUGCAACCUUCUAUGCCGAAGAUUAUCCAAUUAUAGCAACGUUCAACACUGAAGCUUCCGGCUUUAAAAGUCCACCAACGGACCACUACAUGAGGCCUUGGAUGUUGGGGCUUAGGAAGAUAGGAUUUGCAUCAGAAGUUUUGAAAUCGGUCUUACUACCUUUAGAGUAUAAAAAUGUGAACAUGGGAAAGUCGUCGUCUUUGUGCUAUGGCAACAAGCCUAUUUUUACGCAUUUGAUUAAUUAUUACAAACGAUUUGUUACUCAGUAUAAAGAAAAGUUGAAGUUUUCGUUUUCAUGGCUUGUUCAGAUAUGUCAUGAAUUUAUAAAUUACUUGGAACUUGGGGAUAAUGAUUUUUUUGAGUUUUUCAAGUUUUUGAAAGAGAAUGGUCAUCUAGAAAAUGCUUUUCUGAUAUUCUUCAGUGAUCAUGGAUCACGUAUAGACGAUAUUCGGAACACAUUUGUUGGGAGAAUAGAAGAAAGGAUGCCACUGUUGUCUAUAGUACCACCAGAAACGUUUGCAGCUAAACACCCGGAAGCGAUCAAAAACCUUCGAGAUAAUACUGACAGACUUACUUCAAACUUCGAUCUUCACGAACUGUUGAAUGAUAUCGUAAACGCUGACUUUGAAGCAUCAGUAGAAUUCAAGUCAAAUACUAAAAGAGGUAUAAGUUUAUUCCGUCCUAUACCAGAUACACGCUCAUGCGCAGACGCCUCCAUUCCUGAGCAUUUCUGCGCAUGUUACGGGUCGGAAAGCAUUGCUGUAACGAAUCCGGUGGUAGCUAAAGCUACGGAGUAUGCUGUUUUAUAUUUAAACAAUUUACUAAAGAAAUAUAAACAUAUUUGUGCAGAAUUGUCUUUAUAUAAAAUCCACGAAGCACGUUUAGUAUCAUUGGGACUGUCUGCAAAAGGCGAGGAAGAAAAUCGGUGGACUAUUUACAAGUUCUUUUCAAAGCCGGAAGCAGAGAAACAUAAACGUUUCUUGGUUAUUUUUGAAACAUUGCCAGGUAACGCUAUGUUUGAAGCCACUGUGGAUUAUCAUGUAGAAACUGGUAUGAAAAUUACAGACGACAUCAGCAGAACAAACAAGUAUGGCAACACAUCCAGCUGUGUUCCCGAGAAACCUCUUAGACGCUAUUGCUACUGUAAAUUUAUGCUAAAACAGUGAUCUUGUCGUCCCAUGCAGUGUUUAAUUGUUAAGCAACACUUUAAACAGUGCCGACUUUGUAUUAGUUUAUACACUAUUUUUUUAUGCACUGUUUAGCAUUUAAACGCUUUGCAUUAAAACCCGUAUCAAUUAUGUACGAUUAUGAGAGACCGUAUUUUCAACAAUUUCAUGGAUAACUGCAGCUUCACAAAAGCUUAAUUAGUUAAUCAACUUCUUGAUGGUUAUAUUGUAUUCAAGUUUUGUAUAGAUGUUGACUAUUUUCUUUAAACGAUAUCUGCAAUAAACGAUACAGCGGAAGUA